AUGGAAGCCGUUGUCGUUGAAGGUGCCGACUCCGUGGCAACCCGGCACUUCCUACCAGGUAGCGUAAUCUGUACCUUGAUGGGCGUUAAGGUCACCGUGGACAGUGAACCGCUUGGGAUUCAGUACGCUUCAAGGAGCCCACGUGGGCCCUCGUAGGACUUGUUUUUUCUAUCAUCACUGCUCAUCAUAGGGAGGAUGUAAGUGGCCCUAUGUCUGUCGACUUUUCCGCCGAGGUAAGAACCUCGGGACUAGGAGAUUGUCGAGGCCUAUGAGCUGGCGAUGGGGUAAUUGCCAAGUGAUGUCCUUUUAAACGACAUGGGAGGCUUUAGAGACGCGCCACUCCUCCUUUGGACAAAGGUGCUCAGCGCACCUAAUUUCUUUCGUUGUUCUGGCCGCAAUGUGAACAGAAUCGCUCUUGGAAUUUGAAGCAGGGAGACGAGGAGGGGGUUGUUGUUUUUUCGAGUAAUUUUCGACAACGUGGCUGACGUCUAUAAGCCGCGGUCAGCUUGCCGACGGCGUGACGAACUAUAAUUUAAUCGAAGUUUUUUGGCAGAUUUGAAUGACCAAUUUGACCCAGCUGUGUGGUUGAACUCACUGCUCUUGGUGGAUGCUCGUAGCCCAGGUGGUUGGAACUUUGGCCGUACUAAAGCCUUCCCCUUGCCGUUGUUAGUUCAGAUCCCACUGAGGCCGCGAGUUUUCACAACUGGGUGAAAGACAUAACUAGUAUUUAUUUAGGGCAUGCAUCCUUCUCUGAGGGGAAGUAGUGUAACGCCUACAUGGGGCCGCUUAUUCAUCUCAAACGCCUGCGCUAGAGGUCACGAGUUUGCCUUACUGGACAGAUGACCUAAGUGGGGGUUGCCUGUCGCCCACUCUGUGGGACAUUUUGUCCUAGGGAAGGCAGGGAUGGAGAUAAGUGGCGGAAUUACCAGACACGGAGAACAUCAUAACAUCAGAACGCAGAACAUCAUAAUCUGGUUUUGUCGCCAGGAAAGAUGGCCACCAGGGUGUGUCCGCGGUGCAGAACACAGCAUCGUGCAGUCACAAAUAGAAACUGGGUGCCGGGAUGGGACAGUCGUAUCAUCAGACGGAUGUCAGUCGUUAAAGUUGUAGUCCCCGUGCGUGCGCCUGAGAUUUGUCCGCCUGCAGCCAAUCAGCGAAGGACGCAGCAUCGAUUGGCCUCGAGCUCUCUCCCCAAGCUGUGUUGCCAAGUCUCUCUCGGCUCAAGCCACUAACUGGCAGGACGCGUGAGGCGGACUGAAGGCGGCGGUGGGAGUCGGCGGUCGCACCGACGACCACGGAAACAGACUGCUGCAGGGCAAUGUAAAUGCAUCCACCAAGUUCCUCGAUGCCUUCGAUGCUAACCAUCAGCACGUUCGCAUCGAAAGACCGGACAAUGCACCGGUGGAUCAGGAAUGACCGCCGAUCCACAGCGUCACUUCUACUCCAUCACAGCUCCUACACCACGCCUACCAAACUGCAUCCCAUACACAUUUCUGAAGGACAAUUAACCUGCAGAUUAUUGAAAAUGGGGUUUUUAAUAUGCACCACACAUUUCGUUUUGUCUAGUAAUUUAUUUGCAUGCGCGUUUAGUGUCUAUUCCUACAAUCUAGGUUUACUAAUUUCACUUCGGUGUGUACAUUUUGCACGUUCGGUGUCACCAAAACUUCUUAUUAAGAGACGAGUAAAUGCCACUCUGCAUGCAGACGCAUAUUAUAUUUUCCCUUCAAAUCGUUAUGUAUCUUAAUAUGCGUUCCGCACGAUGUCUGACAUGACUGUCAAAUUAAAAGGUACCCUGAGUCAAUUAGGCAUGUUUCAUGUGUUUUGUCAUCUAAUAUAAUGACAGCAGUCGUCUAAGGCUCAGCUUACUGACAGAGCAUUCUAAGGAUGGCGGAGAACCUCGGUGUCGAAGGUAUUCUGCAACCCAGGAAUGUGGGCUGGAAGCUUGGUUGCAGGCAAGAAUUCGAUCAAUUCGUCGAAGCUUAUCGCGUAAUAUAAUCGGUUUACAAAUUAAAGUGCUUAUAUAGUUGCAAGUUGGUCUAUGUGUAUAACAUGGUAAAUUUGUUCUGUAGGAAGCCAGAAAUAGCUGUCUACAACCCAUUCACGCCCACUUCCUGGGAUAAAAGUCGGAAAUGAAUCUCAAAAGUCUUAAAGUACGAUAUUUGUCACCUCUGCCAGGAAGUUUAUGUGAGAUCACGCGCUGAACAAAUGAUGUCGCAAAGGCAGUCGUUCAAUCUCGACACAAAAUACACACUCGUUUCUACUGUUUCCACCGUCUACCUCACACUGUGCCCACGACAAAGGGCAGCGCAUGACGAUACGCAUAUUUAAAUUUCAAUGGAGAGGACGAAGAUACAGGAGGUGGGCUAACUCAUGAAAUGUCAACCGAAAUCUCGAAAUGCGUUUUCGAUUCGAAAAGAUUAAUUAAGUAGGGUUGUAAAACCAAUCAUCAGGUAACAUAAUCCUGUAAUAAUUCAGUCACCUCGGGAUGCCGGCUUUCAAACAAACUUAUUUUUGGCUGCAUGCUUGAACUACGCUCUGCAAAAAAACGACUACUUAAGUAGCAUGCAUUUUUCCCGUCGAUUUUCGAUGCCCUUAGAUAGUCAAUUAUAUUUCAUAGAAAACAUGCAUAAAAAGAUUCGUUCUUUUUCUCAUUCGGCAGAAAAUUACGUCUUCUUUCAAGUUUAUACUCGAAAACAGUGUUUACUUUGGCUUUAAAAAGCUUUUCCAAUUCUCGAAUAAUUUUGAACUCGACCUGCCGUUGCACUUUCAUUGAGGGUUUCCAAACUACAAGCCGUAUGUCUUCCGCGUACGGAAAACCGCGAAUUUCUCUACGUUAUUCAGAGGCGAUCACAUGUGGUUCAUAGAAUUUAGCGGUGAAUUUGAGCCACAUUGUCAACUUUGAAAGCAACACUAGUAAAUGCAGAGACAUGACGUUUUAUGAAUGGCCAUUUCGUGGUAUUAAACAAUCUUACAAUUAUAAACUUUUUUAAAACCAAAUUAUACCCUUUCUUCGAGUACAAAGUUGAAAGAAAACGUAAUUUCCUACAGAAUGAGUAGAAGAAUGAAUAUUUUUUAAAUGUUUUUCAUGUAAAAUACAUGCUACUUAAUUAGUAAUUUUUACAGAGUAUAGUUCCUGCAUGCAGCCGAAAAGAAAUUUGUUUGAAAGUCGGCAUCCUGAGGCAACUGAAUUAUUAUAGAAUUAUGUUGUACGAUGAUUGGUUUUACAACCCUACCUAAUUAAUCUUUUCGAAACGAAAACACCUUUCGGAAUUUCGGUUGACAUUUCCUGAGUUAGCCCACCUACUUUAGGUAUUUAUUUGAUGACUUCUCAAACCUAAAACACUCUGCAGGGUAAAUACACAGUUUUAUCAAUUGAGACAAAAGUAUCCUGUUAAAAGCGUGGAACCUUUCGGAGAAGAGCAUCAGUAUUUGUGGUACCAGUCAGCCUGAUUUAGAAAACGUUCCUGAUCGAUUCUGAAUUGGCGCAUGCAUUUUGCUGGUCUGAAGACUCCAUUUACACAGUAGUAAUAGGGCACUAUAUGUUGACCGACCAAGUCCUAGCAUUGAAUUUCUCAACAGUGACGGGCCACACGCAUCUAAAGUGGUCCUAGGCGGCAAGGCUUUAACUAUGCGAAAUUUAGCCACGCAGGUACGUGAACUGCUGGCAAAAUACGCCACAAAGAAGUCUCCAUAUGUCUUAGGGGUAGUUCGUCCUUCCUUUCUUAAUUACAGAUGCAGACUAAGUCCCAAUUAGGGACUUACGUCCGCUUAGGUGAUUAAGUGCGGUUUCCCAUCACAGUCGUCUGCGUCCAUCAACGGCAGCAAUAAUGUCACCAGUAAUGAGGGCGAAUUUCUUUCCAAAGCCAUUUUGUGUACAGUGUGAACUUUUACGAAGCGCCAAGUCAACUUCCCACCACAGGCGUAGUUUCGGAUCUACCAUAAGUUAACACCUUCAUCCUGCCAGUAGGCUCCUUGGGUCGAACCGAUAUCGCAUGAGGUCCAUCCGAGAGGCUGAUCAGUAGAUGGAGGUCCGAGUGAAUGAGACUACGGUCGAGAUCACCCUGCUCUACAGCUGCUAACGUGAACCUACACAUUCUCUUGGUAUGAAGAAGGCAGAGGCGCUUGACAGACAGUACCUCAACCGAAUAUUGUGGUUUUAGUUCAUGAACUAGCCCUUGAAAGUUGAUCGUGGACGAAUGCUGUUAAUUUUUCAGUACAAGGCUGCUGUCUCAUUUGAAUGCUCGUUCUUGUUGGUGUCAUCGCCGCCGCCGCCGCCGCCGUCAUGAUGAUGAUGAUGAUGACGACGACGACGACGACGACGAUGAUGAUGAUGAUGAUGAUGAUGACGACGACGACGGUGGUGGUGGUGGUGGUAGUGGUGGUGACCAACCAAAAUACGAAUAGAUGUGUGAACUUAAGGAUCUUCGCUCACAAAGACAGAGGUAGCAGAAUGGCCACUUCCGGUGGAGUGGUGCCGAGGUUUGAACUUCGGUCAGUUUGUCAGGCAGCACCGUCCUAACCACCGCACCGUGCUCUGUCAGCUCUGCAGAGGAUGCUGGGUCGGACAGUCCAGGAGAAUGGGAUGCCCACUAAAAAACAAUUUCCGAGAGUUUAGUCGACAAUCUUGGAACCUCAGCCGAACAACUGCGCGAUACCGCGGAGUCUGGAAGCGACCAAAUCAGGAUUAGGGAUAGUCGAUACAUAUACAAGUGUGUAACGUUGAUGCGGCAUUGCAUUUUUGAACUUGCCCACGAAUGCAUCAUGUUUUGUAUAUCUGUUAUGAAUUGAAUGAACACUUUGAAUGUUUAUUCGUUACAACCAGCGAAAUCUAAUUACGGCUGUUUUAUACCUGCAUAUUCUCUGCUGAUUGUUGAGUGAACACUAAGGUAGUAAUAACAAAAACGUCAAAACGACUGUCAUUUUGGGAAAACCAUAACCACCCAUAAUGAUUUUGGACAUGAAGAAUAGAAAGGCAGUAGUGGGAAAGAGGACCCAUAGACACAUCUAAACGAUCGGAAACGGCUAAUAAUGACUCUCCAAUCGGCAAAAGCCACGGAUCCUGGUCCAGUUGGUGCCGUCAUACACAGUGACCUCCCACUCGGCAACCAACCAAUCAGCGUUAAGCGGCUGUCGUCUGUCCACUCGGUCGCCACCUGCUCAGGUCCGGACAGCGAGUAAGUGACCUAUAUAACAGCUUAAUGUAGGAAUACGCAGCCUGAUAAUGUUUCGUCGUACUAGCUUUUGGAGAUCAACUCCACCGAUCCCAGAUCCCCCUGGUUCAGUGGGUGCGACUGUCCACAUGAUCAUCCUUAUCGGCCUGCUUCUAGCCUGCAGUCUGCAAGUCGUAUUUGCGGCUAGCAGAAACUCUCAUGCUGUAGUUCAAAACGUUGACGAUGUCUUAAGAGAGAAAAAGACUGCAUUCGCACUAUCUGCUACCCAAAAAGAGCCCAUCCACAGUCCGGUCGCGCGGAUGUCAUCAGGUUCCCCCGACCAGUUCCACCAAGAUCUCUGGAGAGCUGGUAAUUUUUGCUUAUUUAAAAGAGCCGGAAAAAGGCAUUGCAAUUUUAUUUAUUCCAUUCCGUCGGACUUCUAGCCUCUUGUUUGUCAUGACGAGACUGAUUAGGGGAAUUUCCGUUGUCCGUGAAAGCAUAUUUUCUGAGGAAAUAUGUCUCAAAGCCCUUUAAUGCAUUUGGCAAUUUUUAAUAAGUUCGAAUACACAUAUUUAGCUAGGUGAAACAUGCCACCAUUAAAGUUAGGCGCUUGGACCCCUAUAUCUGCCUCAUAUCCAGGCGUGUUUCGCAUUUAUCCACAUAGUCCUUUGCGAUGAUUAAGUUCAUUUUAUUGAUAACUGACUCAUCUCGACUUUAGAGUAGACCUCUAAACACUAGAAAACGCGAGUCGCCGGACAAACGUAGAGCAAUAGGGUCAGAGAAACCUUGAGUAUGUCCUCCUGGGUCUUCGGACGAUGUCGUUGCAUCACCCUUCACAGCUUCUCACGAUAUCCAGUAUCGAUGUCAACAGUGAUCGGUCUCAUCACAGUGAUCUUAUUAUGAGCUCUUGGUGAUUAAUUAACCACUGUCACGCAUAAUUGGGCGACGUUUGUACAAAACUGUUGGCCCCACUAGGAAGCCUACCAAAUUAACCGAAGUACAUAAGAGUCAAGAUCGGACUGAUUCCAACGACCUAAAUGCGCGCAUGGUUUAUCUAGGCCAUUUGAAUGGGCAUGUGUUCAUCAGGACGUCCGGUUGUCUGUGCGAAGUAGAGGCUGAUUUCUCAACCGUGAUUUCCUAACUUCUGAUUUGGGACAAGUACACGCCCACCUGGACGGAACGGUGACCUAAUCAACGAAUUAAAUUAGCUGUAUACAGUAAAUUCCAGUUAAUUAAGCCGCUGGUCAGUUGAACUGGCCGUUUAUUCAGCCGAAUCCUGGAGACCAGGUCUGAAUGGAAUGAGUAACGGUAAGCGUUCCCUGCAACAGACAAGUUCGAGCUGUAAGCGUUAGUUGUUCGCCUUUGAGGUGAAGACAACACAUUGCAUACACGUUCCAGGAAAGGGCUAGCAAACAAAAACCCCAAUGACGUUUAGCCACUAAGAAUGAUGCUUCCCUCUCAAACUCGGCCUGAAUGACCCAAUAACGGCCUCGACUUCUUUGAUCGCAGCUUAUCGGGCAAUCUUAAAAAACGACACGACGGAUUUUACCAUCUUUCAAAGUAUAUGCUUGAAAUGCACGUUUGGAACACAAUAUAAGUAAUGUCGACCCCAAGAGCGUACACAGUCAAUGAAUUCGGAAGAUAGGUAACUUCGCCCGUUCGAAUACGUUUUCACUUUCAUUGGCUGCAUGGGGAUUUUUAGCCUUGCUACUGUAAACAGGCUUUGUUGGCGGGUGCCUUAAUUUCAACUUCAGGUGUCUCUCCUGCUUGCAAUUGGUGGUCAUUUUAACUUCUUUAAGGCUAGACUAGUCUGAAAAACAAUCGUCUUCCUGAUGACUGCCUUGAACAUGCUCUCUCUAAUUGCGAUCGGCAAUAAGGCUCCUACAUCCAGAGGAAUGUUCACUCUACUCAGUUGAACACUAGCUAUACCCGUGAUUGGAUGUGUUGUCGUAGUGAAUGAGUGACUCUUUACAAUGGGACAAACACUCCGGAGAAUUCGUCAGCAUUCACUCAGUGGUCAGUGCAGACCGUGGUCCCAGAACAGACCUCGAAACGUUCCCCCUAUCUUAUCUUCUUAUCCUGGCCAGUAUAUGCUUCCUAAUGCCAUUUUACCGAUGCCUUACAAGAGUAUCUGAUUAUCCGUUGCGCUCGCCUUGUUUUCAGGAUAUAUGAACAACUUAAGCGAAAUGAAGUACGCAGUGGUGCUUAGGUUAAAUUUAUACCCCUAUCCUCUGGGUUUGUUGUGGAUGUUUUGAACAUAGCAUCGUGUCUUCUGCCAAGAUUCUACCCGAAUGUAGCCUUAAAACUGCCUGCAGUACUGGUUCACGUACUACAUUAGUGGCACUGGGGUUAUAUGGACGUCCAAGACAAAGUGACUGUUUUCGUUUCUUUGCCGCUAAACGCGAUCGGAAAUGCAAACUGUUCCGUUAUGCCUUGGAGGAGGUUAUGUGCACGUUUUAUCGAAACUUACAAGAUAUUUACUUGAACGGAGCAUGUGAGUACUGACUCACUAUUUAGCGUAACCUACUCUACUUCGCAGCAAACACUUGGACAGGCUACUUUGACCGCGUGUAAGCUAGCAAGCUAAUCAGGUGACAUACAUUCGGAGUCAGGAGUCCAUGCAAUGCGACGGGCAAGUAGAUAGCCGCUGCGUUAACGUGUGCAGUAUUCACGAAAAGACUCGACUACACGGAGGUCUGUAACCAUGCUUUCGUAAACAGGUAGCGUUGGCGAGUGUCUUGGUCGUUAGUACUACCCCUCCCUAAGCUCUCGAUGGAUAAUUUGAAUUAUUUGCAAACAGUCCUCUCUCUGAUGAUUAUUCUGAGGGCGCGAAUGCCUCCUAAACCCAUAAGGCUGUGCUCCCUACAAAAUGAAGUGCUAAAGUGUUGCGACAAAAGUGUCUCCCAAUUAUUCACAGACACUGGUAUACUUAGAAUCACGUCAGAAUGAUCUUUUUAAUAGAAGACUUAUCUACCGGACUUAUAAGCGGUGCUUGAAGUUCGACAAAAGCACAACAGAUUCAUUUUCGAAUUCCCGUACGUUGUUCAAUUCGAAAGUGCUUUUCUUCGCUUAAUGCCAUCUUGUGUCCUGUAAUGAAGAGUUUGGAUUAGGUGGGCCUUUGCCCCACCAAAUCGAUCCUGGGUAGGCUGUGCUGCAUACUUGUCCGUGAACUGGACUGCGCUUUCAGUCGACAUGAUUUGGAACCCACCACUGGGUCGCAGGUGGGAAACGAGUGUCCUGGGUCGAUUAACCUUCAUCAAAAGCGUAAGAAACAUACUAUGAGGAGGUAAAAGUAAUUUGAAUCUAUAACGGCGAACCAUCAAUCGUGACUUCAGGAAAUGUCAACUGAUGGCAUCAGUCGGUCUCACUCAAGACAUGAUGCCGAAAUGUAUUGGCUAAUUAGUCAUGUGACAUCUAUGCUAAAAAAACGGAUGUGUUAAAAACGUCGCCUAAAUCAAGACAGUUAAGCAAGGAUUUGGCAAAUAGUUCCAGAUUUCUACCGCCGUCUUGUAGUAGGCGUGGGACAAAAGUGCGAAGAAUAAGUUCGACGCAGAAAAAAUCACAUUUUGUAAUACACAUGGGUAAGAAAGUGUACCAAUGCGAAACUAGAGCCUGUCAUUAAAUGUGACGGCGUAAACAAUUUCAAAUAUGUCGACUAACAUAGAUUUGGAAAGAAGAAAAGCAAAGAAAACUGGAAGUAAGAAAAAAACACAAAGGGAAAAAGAAAACGGUCGCACGUGAGAGCAUAAAAAUAAUAGAAUGAAAAGGAAAAACUACAAAUGAAAAACAAAAGGCAAAAUAAAAUACAAACAAAAAGAUAUAAAGAAGGCAAUUAACAAAAUUUACUUUACCAAACACAGAAAAAGAACAGAGAGAAGACAAACAAAACAAAGAGUACGAAGACGAGGACGAGGAUGUCGUGGUGGAUGAGACCGGCAGACACGCGGUGCCCGGAAUGAUCAACGAUUCCGAAGACGAGGACGAGGAUGUCGUGGUGGAUGAGACCGGCAGACACGCGGUGCCCGGAAUGAUCAACGAUUCCGAAGACGAGGACGAGGAUGUCGUGGUGGAUGAGACCGGCAGACACGUGGUGCCCGGAAUGAUCAACGAUUCCGAAGAUGAGGACGAGGAUGUCGUGGUGGAUGAGACCGGCAGACACGUGGUGCCCGGAAUGAUCAGCGAUUCCGAAGACGAGGACGAGGAUGUCGUGGUGGAUGAGACCGUCUGA